UUUAAAUAUGUUUUUCAAUACAUCUUGCAACCUUGUAUACAAGCCAAUUCCUCGAGGUUAGAAUUUUGACAAUGGCUGCGGACGGACGUCGUGUUUCUCCUGCCCUUGCAAUUCGCUCUAGCGUGGGGAUAGAACUUUGGGCUUCGUCGGGUGCAAAACUCCCGUACGAGUACAAGUCAAACCUUCCACGAGAGGAGACGAAAAAUUCUCGAUCGAUAUCAUUUAGUCCGGAUGGUCGUUAUUUCGCAUUGUCUAACGGGCAUGAAAUUAAAGUUCUCAAGAGCAAUGAUUGGCAAAUACAAUGUUCAUUGCCGCGUCCUAAAGCUUUUUAUCUCAAAUUUUCUCCUCGUGGCAAUUAUUUAUGCACUUGGGAAUUAUAUGCCGUUACAAAGGAUAAACCAGAUGGUUCACCAAAUAUGUUUGUAUAUGAGUUAACGACUGGCGAAGAAGUGUUGUCAAUUGUUCAAAAGAAACAAACAGACUGGGAACCAUCAUGGUCGACGGACGAGUCCAUUUUUGCCAUUGUUGUAGGCGGAGAGGCACUUUUUUAUGACUUAAGCAAGGGUAUUGCCGGCUUCAAGGAAACAAUGCGAAAAAUUGGCGGCAGUCGAGGUGGAAUGUUAUCCUUGGGACCUGGUGUAAGUCCGUUCUUAGCAUUUUAUACGCCAGGGGGUAAGGAUUCACCAUCGAUGUGUAAACUAUAUAAGUAUCCUGCACUUUCGCAAAAUCAAACCAUAGCAUGUAAAAGCUUUUUCCAAGCUGAUCGCAUAGAAAUGUUAUGGAAUAAGAGAGGCACAGGCUUGCUUUUGUUGACAAGUACUGAAGUAGACAAGAGCGGUGCCUCUUAUUAUGGUAACCAAGCGUUGCAUUUUAUGGCCACA